AUGUCAAGCCAAGUCACGUGUGAACACCGCCUCAAUGUUCGGUGGCUUGGCUGUGAUGGGGAUGCGAACACGGGUAAAGAUGACGAAUCAGAAGUGAAUGUAGCAGCAACGGUCCACUUUUUGACUGUUUGUUGUCCCAAAGUUAUCAAAGGCUUAUUAAUGAUCAACAACUACUUCCAUGCCCAAUCCACCGACAUCUUCCUUGCAACUUUCAUGAAGUGUGGAACCACCUGGCUCAAAGCUCUCAUGUUCGCCACUGCCAACCCCCACCGUUACAGUUUUUCUGAUCAUCCCCUUCGUCGCAACGGGCCCCAGAGUGCUUUCCCUUUCCUUGACACAUACAUUUUUCUUGAUUAUCCGAUAACUAAGUUUGAGCAUCUCCCUUCUCCUCGAAUGUUCGCCACACACUUUGCUCAUAGCUUGUUACCGACCUCACUGUCAUCACCCUCUUCGACAUGCAAGUUUGUAUACGUGUGUAGGGAUCCAAAAGAUGCACUCAUUUCCAAGUGGCACUUCAUGAGCAAACUUAGAUCGAAAGAACUACCACCCCUUUCGUUCAAUGAAGCUUACGAGCUUUUCUGCAAUGGGGUCUCUGAGUACGGACCAUUUUGGGACCAUGUGUUGGGAUACUGGAAAGCUAGCCAGGAAUCACCUGAGAAGAUCUUGUUCUUGAAGUAUGAGGACAUGAAGAAAGAACCGUCGGUGGAGCUGAAGAAGUUGGCGGCGUUCAUGGGAAUGCCUUUUUCGGCGGAGGAGGAGAAGGGAGGGGUGGUGGCAGAGAUUAUGAAGCUUUGUAGCUUUGAGAAUUUGAGUAAUAUUGAGGUGAAUAAUGAAGGCGGCGGUGCUCAGAAGUUUACGGCGCAGGUGGCGGUGCAGAAUCGGGAUUUUUUCAGAAAAGGAAAGGUAGGAGAUUGGAAAAAUUAUUUGACAGAGGAGAUGAGAGAGUGGAUUGAUUCCACUACUAGAAAGUUGACUUUCAGCUAUGGAUUUAGAGAGGGAUCUAUUCUGUAG